GCACAGGUAUUACGUCGAGAGACAGACUAUUUCUUUGCCAAACACUUCCAGAAGCGUCUAUCGCUCGGAGAGCGCCUGGAGUUUAUUGAUCUGUGGAUUGUCUUAAUAGUGAUUAACGACUCAUUAAUACUGUUGGGAACUGCGCUUAAGAUGCGAUUGGAGUCCGAAUGGGAUGACACCGUCCGCUACAACACCGUUAGCAUACUGUUAGGUGUGGGCAACUUAUGCGUGUGGGCCGGGCUACUCCGGUAUUUAGGCUUUUUCCACAAAUACAAUAUACUGAUACUGACCCUCAAGCGGGCCAUACCUAACGUGUUGAGGUUUAUGCUGUGCGCACUCAUUCUAUACGGUGGCUUUUGUCUGUGCGGUUGGUUAGUGUUAGGCCCGUAUCACAUGAAGUUCCGGACCCUAAGCCUGGCCUCCGAGUGUCUGUUCUCACUCAUGAAUGGGGACGACAUGUUCGCCACGUUCUACACGACCGACGCUCGCAGUCAGACCAUCAUCUGGUGGUUCAGUCGACUCUAUCUCUACCUAUUUGUCUGUCUAUUCAUUUACGUCGUCUUAAGUCUAUUCAUUGCACUCAUUAUGGACUCGUAUGAGACGAUUAAAGAUUUCUAUGAAAACGGACUCCCACUCAACGACCUACAGAAAUUUAUUGCCGAAUGCAGUGACGAGUCGACGAGUAGGGCCUACCUGUUGGACAGGGAGACCACUAUGCCUCGCUAUGAGGACUCGCCGGCCGGCCAUCGAUCGGGCGGUCACUCGCCGCUCGACCACCGCGGAGGAGGUGGGGGUCGGGGCGGACCCGAUCACAGGCGCAUGAAGUCGCCGAUCAUGGGUGGGGACGGGCGUCGAGGAGGUGGGGGUCGACCGCAACGCGACUCGCCAUCCAUGAGACCGUCGAUGAACUCGAGAGACAAUAACGCGUACGACGACUACCGGAACCACUCGGGAGGCGGCGGGGGUGGACACCAUCGCAGUGGUGGCGAUGGCGGGCCCCCCGGUGGUGGCGGUGGGGGUGUGUCGAUGCCCUACAAGAUCCUGUGCGUGUCCAACAUCAGCAACAAAUACAGUGACAAUGAGGUGCGCAAUGCACUGACGCGUGAGUUUCACCGAUUCGGUGAACCAAACGUGAAACUGGUUUAUGACGACAACACACGUCUGGCGUACCUAUACUUCGAUAACUACGACGACGCCCGCGAUGGCCGACACGCCAAGAGUCGGCUCAUCCUAUUUGACAAGACUGUAGUCAUUGAUCCCAUAUAUGACCGCACGAUACAAAUGCCCAGAAGACGCUCCAUAUCGCCACCCGAUUACCAGAUGGGAGGCGGAGGUCGCAGAGGCGGCGGUGGUGGUGGUGGCGGAGGAGGAAGGGGUCCCCCGAGCCCUCCAAUGCCCAGAGGCAGAGGUCCACCGCCCCCACAGAUGGGCAGGAAUUCCAUGAAUGAUAUGAAGUAUAAUAUGCAGUCGCAUCGAGAAAACUACAGAGACAUGCAUUCAAUGCACCGCAACAACGACUACCACCACUCUGGAGGGGGCGGAGGAGCUGGUGGUGGUGGCGGAGGAGGAGGCGGCGGCGGUAAUAGCCGUCAGCACCACCAGCAACAGAACCAACAACAGCAACAGCAGCACCGGGAGUCCAAAAAGGAGAAGUUUCCCAACUAUUUGCAUCACGUCGCGCCCGAGGAGGACGACAAGAGCACCCGUACUCUGUUUGUGGGGAACCUGGAGGUGACCAUAACUGACGCCGACUUACGGCGCAUAUUCGAGAGGUAUGGUGUGGUGGAGGACAUCGAC